AUGUAUGACGAAGAUGACGCUAAUAAUAUUGGCGCUGAGCGCCUAUCGCAGUCUCAAAAAUCCCAUGAUCAUUCCUCCCCUUCACCUCAUUCUUCACUCCCUUCCAACCGAAAUCGAAACAGCGAUAUUAUUAAUAGUGAUUACUUGUAUCCAACUCAACAACAAAAUAUAGCAAAAAGUUCUAAUAAUAGCAACACAAAUUUAAGCAAUAAUCCAAGUACUAAUUCAGCUGAAAGAUAUAGUAAAAUAUUUCCGGAUUUUUUCUCAAAUUCUUCAAAUAAUUCUUACAGAAAUUCUGAUUCAAAACGUAGUUCUAAUAUUAUACAUCCUUAUCAAUCUUCUACUCAGAGAAGAGAUCCUGAUUUUGAAGAUUUUAAUUUAAAUAGUGAUCAAUACGAACCAUUAAACGCUCAUCGACAUAAAUCUUAUUUUUCAACUUCAUCUUCUCAACCCUCACCUUCUUUACAGAGCGACCCAAAUCAUCAGAAAGUUCCAAUUUUACAAAAUAGAAGAAAAUCUCUCUGCUUGUGUUGUGGAAUUAUAGCUUUUAUAAUCUUAAUCAUGAUUCCAAUUUUUUUGUUUGUGAUUGCACCUGCCAUCGCUCGAAAUGUUGUUGCUGAAUCAAAAAUAUCUUUUAAUAAUGUAAAAUUGACUAAUAUUUCUGAAGACAACUUUUCGUUGACUUUUACUGGUUCUGUCUCAAAUACUGGUCCAUUAUCGGCAGCCAUAACAAUUCCUGAUGGAGUUACAGUCUCUUUUAAAAAUACAACGUUAGGUAGAAUGGCUCUAGACCCUAUUAAUACUAGACCUUUUAAUGGUGCUACUUUACAAUCUACAAAAUUAUUUAAAAUAGAAGACAAGAAAGCUUUUACAAUAUUUAGUAAAUUUAUGUUGACUGAAAAAGAAUUUACUUGGCAUUUAGAAGGAAAUACUAUGAUCAAAGUUUCGGGUUUGACCAUUAAUGAUAUUGGAUUAUCAAAAGAUGUUACUUUGAGUGGUAAUAUAUCAUUUAAUCUCAUUUAA